AACUUGUUCAAUUCUAGUGGCUGACCUUUUACAAUUACCUAUCAAAAUCAAUUUGUCUAAUUUUCAGACAGAUCCCAAUCUAAAAAUCCAAUCUUUUCUGAUCAAACUAUCCAAUUUUCAAUUCAAGAUGCACUUUCUUCAUCUCAAUUUCUAAUCCCCAAAUCACCAAUCUGUUCCAAACCCUAAUUGUGAAUUAAUCAAUCAAUGGGCAAGAUGAUGUUCUCUCCGGUGAUUUUCCUACUGUUCCUACAAUUACACGCUACGGUUCAAUCUCUCAACUUCGCCUUCAACUCCUUCCCCGCCGCCGCGCGCGGCGGCGCGUCGAAUCUAACCCUCACCGACGACGCCCGUCUCGAGCCGCCGGUGAUUCGCCUCACCAACGACUCCAACCAGUUCUCCCUCGGCCGCGCCUUCUACCCGCUCCCAAUCCCUUUCAAAUCGCCGGCGAAUUCCGCCGCCGUGACGACGUCGUUUUCCACUCAGUUCAUUUUCUCCGUCCUGCCGGAGAUCUCCACCAGCCCCGGCUUCGGCCUCGCCUUCGUCCUCUCCAACACCACCUCGCCGCCCGACGCCCUCGCCGGACAAUACUUCGGCCUCUUCUACUCGGCGCCGCCGUCCGUCGCGCCGCUGGUCGCCGUCGAAUUCGACACCGGCCGGAACACCGAGUUCAACGAUCCCGACAGCAACCACAUCGGAAUUGAUCUCAACACCAUUCUCUCCGCCGCCACAGAGCCCGCCGGAUAUUACGCCGGCGAAUCCAAUUCCAGCUUCGUCCCUGUCGAAAUGCGAACUGGACAGAACAUCCACGCCUGGAUCGACUUCAACGGCCCCGGAAACGAGAUCAACGUCACGGUGGCCCCCGCCGGAGUCCGGCGGCCGGCCCGGCCAUUGCUGAUCUACAGAAACCCCCAAAUUGCUAACUAUUUUGCACCGGAAAUGUUCGUCGGAUUCUCAGCUUCAAAAACACAGUGGAUUGAAGCACAGAGGAUUUUAGCUUGGAGCUUCAGCAAUGAAGGAACUGCUAAGGAUCUCAACACCACGGACCUCCCGGUUUUCGAGCUCCGAUCCUCCGGUUCCGUCAUCUCCACCGGCGUAAUCGCCGGCAUUGUCGUCGGUUGCGUCGUCGUCAUUUGCAUUGCCGGCGGAUUGGCGCUAUGGUUUUGGUUAAGAAAAAGGAAGAAGGAAGAAGACGACGAGAUCGAGGAAUGGGAGAUGGAGUAUUGGCCGCAUCGAUAUUCUUACGACGAGCUUAGUUCGGCGACAAAAGGCUUUUCGAACGACGAGCUCCUCGGCUCCGGCGGAUUCGGGAAAGUUUACAAAGGUACAUUGGCGAAUAACGUCGAGAUCGCCGUGAAGUGUGUAAACCACGACUCGAAGCAAGGGUUGCGCGAGUUCAUGGCCGAGAUAUCGAGCAUGGGGCGGCUACAACACAAGAAUUUGGUGCAAAUGCGAGGAUGGUGUAGGCGCGGCAACGAGCUAAUGCUCGUCUACGACUACAUGCCGAACGGGAGCCUUAACCGGUGGAUCUUCGACAAGCCGCGGAAGGUUAUGGAUUGGGAGGGUCGGAAGCGAGUUCUCGCGGACGUCGCUGAGGGGUUGAAUUAUCUACAUCACGGAUGGGAGCAAGUCGUCGUGCAUCGCGACAUUAAGUCGAGCAACGUAUUGUUGGAUGGCGAAAUGCGCGGUCGGUUGGGCGAUUUCGGGCUCGCGAAGCUCUACACGCACGGUGAGGUUCCGAACACGACUCGGGUGGUCGGGACGUUAGGGUAUUUGGCGCCGGAGGUCGUGACGUUAGCUUCCCCGACGGCGGCGAGCGACGUUUAUAGCUUCGGGGUCGUGGUUUUGGAAGUGGCGUGCGGGCGGAGACCGAUCGAGACGAGAGUUGAGAGGGAGGAGGACGAGAUUUUGAUCGAUUUGGUGAGGUAUAAUUACGCGCGGGGAAGGCUUUCGGAGGCGGCGGAUAAGAGGUUGAAUGGAGAGUACGACGUCAAGGAAAUGGAGUCGGUUUUGAAAUUAGGGUUGUCUUGUUGCCAUCCCGACCCUCUUCGACGGCCUUCGAUGAAAGACGUCGUCGCGAUAUUGUUAGGCGAGCAUGCGGCGAUGGACUUGUUGUCUGAAUUGUCGACGACGGGUGAAGUAGAAGGUGCACAUUAUGUCGAACCUCGGAGGGACGAGCAGGUUUGAGCGAUCGAUUUCGACUUCGAUUUCGAUUUUCGACUCGGUUCUUGUUCUUACAUAUGUGGCUACUACAGUUUUGAUGAGUUAUUUAUACAAAUUUUUGGAAUGGAUCUUGCAAUUGUCGUAUUGUGUUUUCUUGGUUA